AUGGGUGAAGUCAAUGCUACAGGCGGCCAAAGCGGCGCACAGAAUGGAAAGAAAAAGAUUAUCUUGAACGCAUUUGAUAUGUCCACCGUUGGACAUCUAUCUCCCGGGCAAUGGAAAAACCCAAACGACAAGUCAGCAACGAAGCGAAAGCUGACAUACUGGAUUGAGUUGGCGAAGCUGCUGGAGCGCGGAGGCAUCAAUGCCUUGUUCCUGGCUGAUACCUAUGGUGGUUAUGAUACGUAUGAAGGAAAGCUGGACGAGUGUAUUCGGCGAGCGGCACAAUGGCCCGUUACAGAUCCGACAAUCCCUAUCUCAGCAAUGGCAGCUGUAACCAAGAACCUUGCGUUCGCAAUCACGGGGUCAACAUCAUUCGAACCACCCUUCCUUCUCGCAAAGCGGUUUUCGACACUGGACCAUCUAACAGAUGGUCGGUUUGGAUGGAACAUCGUGACUUCGUGGAAGAAGGCUGCUUUCAAGGCCAUCGGCAUAGAUACUCCAAUUGAGCACGACGAGCGAUACCUUCAAGCAGAUGAAUAUCUUCGCGUGUUGUAUAAGCUCUGGGAAGGUUCAUGGGCACCGGACGCACUUUCGCCAAACCCCGAGGCAGAUUCAUACGUAGACCCUGACAAAGUCCGCCAGAUCAACCACAAGGGGAAGUACUUCUCUGUCAACUCGCGCCACAUUGUCGACCCGUCGCCACAGCGAACACCCUUCCUGUUCCAGGCAGGCACAUCUCCAGCAGGAUCAACAUUCGCAGCCGCUCACGCUGAGGGUAUCUUCGUGUCGAGCCAUUCGCCGGCUGUUCUUGCUCCCAAAGUUGCCGCGAUCCGCAAGAAAGCCGCGGACCAGGGUCGUGAUCCGCAAUCGAUCAAGUUCUUCUCGACCUUUACCCCUAUCCUGGGACGUACCGACGAGGAAGCAAAGGCAAAGUACGAGGAGCUGAAGAAGAAUGCCUCCGUCAUUGGAGGACUGGUCUUGUUCAGCGGAUGGACAGGCAUUGACAUCUCCCGUAUACCACUAGAUCAGGAUAUCACGGCCGCCGACUCACUCGAGGCUAACAAGGUGACCAGUAUGCUUGACAGCUUUACCACGACAAGCGAAGAUGUCCCGCGGUGGACUCCCCGUGUUGUCGCAGAGAAAGCUGCCAUUGGCGGUUUGGGACCCCUUGGUAUUGGGACACCUGAGAAGGUGGCAGAUGAAAUGGAGCGUUGGGUCCGAGAAGCGGAUUUGGAUGGAUUCAAUAUCGGUUAUGUCACCACGCCGGGAACCUUUGAAGACGUCGUGGACCUUCUGGUGCCGGAACUUCGUCGACGAGGCAUCUAUCCGGAGGCAACAGAGGAGGGAUUAACGGCGCGCGAGAGGGUGUAUGGGAAGGGCCAGGCCGGGCUGAGAUCUGACCAUACGGGCAGUCAGUACAAAUACGACGUGUACCAGGAAGAGGCGCCAUACGAGGGCAAUUGA